AUGCUCAAGACGAACGAACAGGACCGCAAGCUUACCUUCAACUGGUGCACCAACAGCAACAUCGAGUGGAAGUUCAUACCACCCCGUGCGCCCCACUUUGGUGGACUAUGGGAGGCGGCGGUAAAAUCGACGAAAAAUCAUCUGCUGAAAGAAUUAGGCACAGCCACCCAGGACGAAAUAAUAACUCUACACGCUCAGGUAGAAAUGUGCCUGAAUUCCCGGCCAAUUACCCAGAUGUCACCCGAUCCAGCCGACUUGGAAGCACUCACUCCAGGUCACUUCUUGGUCGGCUCCAAUCUUCAAGCGAUUCCCGAGUGCGACGUCAAACCAACACCGGACAACAGGCUGUCACGAUGGCAGUUAGUGCAAAAACGAGUCCAGCAGAUUUGGAGAAGGUGGUACUUUGAAUAUCUCCAACAACUUCAAGCCCGCUCCGCCAAAGGCUGUCGAUUGCCCGUUAACAUCGAAGUUGGUCGUUUAGUCAUCAUCAAAGACGAUAACCUCCCUCCGGCACAGUGGCCACUGGGCCGCAUCACGAAACUCCAUCCUAGGCAGGACGGAAUAGUACGAGUCGUCACACUCCGGACGGCGACCACCGACAGUGUUACCCGACCAGUCGCCAAAAUCGCUCUUCUUCCGAUGCCAUCCGACGACACCGAGAUCGAUAAAGGUCAAAACUGA